AUGACUCAUCCUCAGCCGGCAAGGCCCUUACUCCUCUACAUCACUUCCACAUCGAAAUCAGUCAGAGCUCUGCUCGCCCAGGAAAUUGACGGAUUUGAACGUCCCGUGUACUACAUAAGCAGAGUCAUCCAAGGGGCUGAGAUCCGAUAUUCCGGCAUUGAACGGCACUGCCUCGCCCUAGUGUUUGCCGCCAAAAAGCUCUGCCAUUACCUUCUUUCUUACCACAUCCAUCUCAUGACCAGAAGCGAUCCUAUUCGAUUUCUCCUCACUAGACCAGCGCUCUCUGGCAGGCCAGCCCGUUGGCUCCUAUCUUUAGCGGAAUAUGACAUCACUUGCAAAGCUCCCAAGGUCAUCAAGAGUCAAGCGCUCGCUGACCUCUUGGCUCACUUCCUCAGUAGAAAACAUGAGCCGCCCUCGGAUGAAUUGCCAGGAGAUGAGUUCCAAGCGGCUGAAGUAAACACCGAAGGAGAAUGGAGUUUGAGUUUCGAUGGAUCGUCCACCUCUAAAGGGGGAGGAGCUGGAAUAGUCCUUGUUUCCCCAAAUCAAACUGAAGUCAAUUUGGCAUAUAAACUGGAUUUUAAAUGCUCUAACAACGAGGUGGAAUACGAAGCCUUGAUAUUGGGGCUUAUGGCAGCACUCCACCUAGGAGUAAGUCUCCUAUGUAUCAAAGGAAAAUCUAAUCUGAUGGUUAAGCAGACCAAUGGAGACUAUGCUAUCAAAGAACCCCCUUUGGCUUCAUACAGAACCAUCAUCCAAAGGUUGACAGACAAAUUCGACACAGUAAGUAUAGAACACGCUCCUCGCUCCAACAAUCGACACCCGGACGCAUUGGCCUCUAAGGUGGAAUUCUCAGAAGAAUCAACCAAGAUAGAAGUCCUGAAACGCUCCGUGCCACGUUCAGUAACAACUAUUUUCCCUGAAAAAGAACCCGCCGAUUGGAGAGCCCCAAUCAUCGAUGAGCUCCGUGCCCCCUCAGGUAAACUACCUUUGAGUGAGACCAAACACUUCACAAUUUAUCAAGGAGUCCUCUACUAUAGAGGGCCUGGUGGUUUAUUGGCACGAUGCAUUGACCUUAUCGAAGCCAAGUCCAAAUUAGAAGGGGUGCACAACCGCUCAUGUGGGACAGGAGAUGUAUACAUAGAUUACCUCAAAGAAGAAUCAUUGCCACCAGAACGCUCUGCAGCCGCAACAAUUAAGAAGCGAGCUCCGAAAUUCUUUUUGCAAGGAGAGCAACUUUUCAGGCAUGGCUUCGAUGGAAAGCCAUUACGUUGCUUAUCAGGAGCUGAAAUCCAUAAAGUUUUGGAACUUACUCAUGGAUCAGAGCACCAAGGUGGAGCGAAACUAUUUCAACAUCUUCUACAUUUAGGGUAUUAUUGGCCUACCAUGGAGGCAGAUGCCAAAAUGUACGCCAAACGCUGCAAACCUUGCCAACUCCAUGGAAAUCUCAUUCAUGCACCCGCCACUGAUUUACAUAGUUCGAGCCCACCAUGGCCUUUCCACACGUGGGCUAUGGACAUCAUUGGCCCCAUCUCUCCGCCAUCAAGGGGACACAUAUGGAUUGUAGUGGCUAUAGAGACCUAUACUAAAUGGGUAGAAGCCAUCCCUCUAAAAAAGGCAACAGGAGCUGCUGUCUCCAACUUCAUCCGAGAAUUCAUCAUAUGUCGUUUCGGUAUACCUAGAGUAAUUCUUUCAGACAAUGGGACCCCUUCUGUCAACCUCCAAGUCGGACAACUCCUUGUCUCCUAUGACAUCACACACCAUAAAUCAACUCCUUACUAUCCCCAAGGGAAUGGGCAAACAGAAACGACCAACAAAACACUCUUUAGAAUCCUUUCACGGACUCUCAAGGAUUAUCAAAGGGAUUGGGCACACAUACUCCCAGUGGCGCUCUGGGCUUACAGAACAUCCAAAAGACGGCCGACUCAAAUGACCCCAUUCUCAUUGGUAUACGGCACGGAAGCAAUUCUUCCAGUGGAAAUUGCCAUACCCUCAGCUCGCAUGGCCCUCCGAAGUGAAGUUACUCCAGACUCCAGAUCCUAUGAAUUGGAGAUCCUUGAUGAAAGAAGGGACAAGGCCCUGGCUAACCUCAAAGUUUACCAAAGUCGCAUAGCUCGAGCCUAUGAUACCUUGGUGCGCCCCAAACAAUUCCAAGAAGGUGACUUGGUACUUCGUGCUGCACCUCAUGUCAUGAGAGGAACCUCUACCCACAAGUUCACUCCUAAGUGGCAAGGACCUUACGUAGUAAGAGAGGCCAACGAGAAUGGUUAUUAUAGAAUUUCUGAACCAAACUCGCAAGCUCUUUUGAGCCCUAUCAAUGCCAAAUGGCUAAAGGCCUAUUUCCCUUAG